ACAAAUCCGUGCGUUUAACCGGUUUACCCAAAAUGCACUGUUUCGUUCGUUCCCUUUCUUCUUGGCUGGUAGGUGGUGGCUCAAGAUGUCGAUGCUAGAAGGUCCAUUAACUGUGCUCGGCCAGAGGACGUCUGGAGACUCCGUGAGGAGUCAAAAUGUCAUGGCCGCAUCCUCCAUCGCCAACAUCGUCAAGAGCUCCCUGGGACCAGUGGGCUUGGACAAGAUGCUGGUCGAUGACAUUGGGGAUGUGACCAUCACCAACGACGGCGCCACCAUCCUGAAGCUGCUGGAGGUGGAGCACCCGGCUGCCAAGGUUCUGUGUGAGCUGGCAGAGCUGCAGGACAAAGAGGUCGGAGACGGCACUACGUCUGUGGUGAUCAUUGCUGCUGAGCUCUUGAAGAAUGCAGAUGAGUUGGUGAAACAGAAAAUCCAUCCCACCUCCAUCAUCAGUGGAUACCGGCUAGCUUGCAAGGAGGCUGUGCGCUACAUCAAUGAGAACCUGACCAUCGGCACAGACGACCUGGGCAGAGAAUGCUUGGUCAACGCUGCCAAGACCUCCAUGUCCUCCAAAAUCAUCGGAGUUGACGCCGACUUCUUCGCCAACAUGGUGGUGGACGCAGCGCUCGCCGUUAAGUUCACGGACGCGAGGGGCGUGGCCCGCUACCCCAUCAACUCCGUCAACGUGCUCAAGGCCCACGGACGCAGUCAGAAGGAAAGCUACCUGGUCAACGGCUACGCACUCAACUGCACCGUCGGCUCCCAAGGUAUGACGAAGCGUGUGCUCAACGCAAAGGUGGCCUGUCUGGACUUCAGCCUGCAGAAGACCAAAAUGAAGCUGGGUGUCCAGGUGGUCAUUAGUGACCCAGAGAAGCUCGACCAGAUCAGACAGAGGGAAUCUGACAUCACCAAGGAGCGCAUACAGAAGAUCCUGGCGUCAGGGGCCAACGUGUUGCUGACCACCGGGGGCGUCGACGACAUGUGCCUCAAGUACUUCGAGGACGUCGGCGCCAUGGCCGUCCGCCGAGUGCUCAAGAGGGACCUCAAACGCAUCGCCAAGGCAACCGGAGCCACCAUCUGUGCGUCGCUGUCCAACCUGGAGGGCGAGGAGACCUUCGAGGCGUCCAUGCUGGGCGCGGCAGAGGAAGUGGUGCAGGAGCGGGUGUGCGACGACGAGCUCAUCCUUGUCAAGAAUACGAAGGCGCGUACGUCGGCGUCUAUAAUCCUGCGCGGGGCCAACGACUUCAUGUGUGACGAGAUGGAGCGCUCCCUGCACGACGCCCUGUGUGUGGUCAAGAGGGUGCUGGAGUCCAAGUCCGUGGUGCCAGGAGGGGGCGCCGUCGAGGCAGCACUGUCCAUCUAUCUGGAGAACUACGCCACCAGCAUGGGCUCACGGGAGCAGCUGGCUAUAGCCGAGUUCGCUCGUUCCCUGCUGGUCAUUCCCAAGACGCUGGCGGUGAACGCUGCGCAGGAUUCCACCGACCUGGUGGCCAAGCUGCGUGCCUUCCACAACGAGGCCCAGGUCAACCCCGAGCGCAAGAACCUCAAAUGGAUUGGUCUGGAUCUGGUGAACGGAAAGCCGCGUGACAACAAGCUGGCCGGCGUCUACGAGCCCACCAUGGUGAAGACCAAGAGCCUCAAGUUCGCCACCGAAGCCGCCAUCACCAUCCUGAGGAUCGACGACCUCAUCAAGCUCUUCCCCGACCAGAAGGAGGGCGGCCCCUCUUACCAGGACGCCGUGAAUUCCGGCUCCCUGGAGGGAUAGAGGGGUUCGGGUUCUCGGUCUUAUUUCCACUCCGGCUCUCUAUGGGUCCAGCAGAGGUUCUCCCCGAGAACCAAGCGAAGGCCUUGUGUGUAUUUAUAUACAUGGAAGCACUCUGCUUGUUCCGUCGCUAGAGUAGAAUGUGCACUUUGUUUCUCGUCGUUUCUUUUUGCCUGUGUAUUAUGUAGGAGAUGACCACAGGUUGCCAUGGGGACUGAAACAUCAUCCCAUCAUCUGGUUGCUAUUGUUUUUGGGUCACUUACAGAAAAUAAACCCAAAUGGUUGAGUGGCCAUUCAUUUGUUACUGAAA